AUGGCGCCUCCCCGCCAGAAAGCGGUCCCAGAAGUUGGAGCACGGCUUCACGACCUCUCCGCCGGACAAGUCGGAAUGUUUAACACGGCGCCUAUCCCCACCCCCCAGGGAGUAAACCUAAACCUCGUAGCGCAGCUCCAGAAUCUCCUCUACCAACCAGGCGGAAUACCCGACGUGUUUCCUGCCGGCCUAACCCAGAUGCCGGGCUUGGAUCCGCACUUACUGGCUAACCUGCCGCCUCCCCCCUCUGCCCCCCUGCCGGACCUAGAGACGCAGUUUCGCGAGAUGUUCGCCAAGUUGGGCGCUGCUAAUGCGGCGCAGGCUGCUGGGCCUGCCGAGCCCGUUGUUCCCGCUGCAUCAAAGAAGUUGGUCGUGGUGUGCUGUCUGGCGACGUGGAUAGGGAAGAAGGAUACGGAGGAUAAGUGGGUUGCGAUGCCAGGGCAGGGGACGAGGAAGGGGUGGGGGAUGGAUAUGGCGAAUCCGUCCGAGAGGGAGUGUUGGAGGAGACAGAUUUGUAAGGGGUUGGAGGUGUUGAAGGAGAUGGAUGGGGAGGGGGUGUUGAUGUUUUCGGGGGGCCCAUGGUAUGACAACAGAAUCUCAGCGGCAAAAUCAUACCGGGAUUUCGCCAGAGCUUCAAACUAUUGGGGCUACCUCAAGGGCGACAAGUACAAAGAUUACUCCUCCCGCAUCAUCACCGAGGACCGCGCCAUGGAUUCCCUCCAGAACGUCAUGUACUCCCUCAUCGAGUUCAACAUCCGCUACAAGAACUUCCCGGAGGAAAUGACGGUCAUCAGCUACGAGCUCAAGCGCCAGCGCUUCGAAAACUUGCACUUCAAGACGGCCAAAGCGAUACUGUUCCCGACGGCGCAGGCAGGUAUCGAUGUCUCAUGGCAGGGAAUCCCGACAUUUAUCGGCAUCGACCCGCGAGAUCUGACGGAGAAUUACAGAUCCGAGAAGGCAAUCGCUAUAGGUGAGCUGGAGAUGCAGAUAAUGGAUCUCUGGACGGGAUCCCCGUAUGGCCUUUCGGAGGAGUUGAUGAACAGAAAGGAGAAGAGGAAUAGGUGGGGGAUCGAUCUCUAUUAUCAACUUGUUUUUGCGGGGGGGGCUGAGCUGGUUGCGGCUCUGGAGAGGAAUGCUAAGGCAGCUCCUCCUAUUGAGGAGGUUAUGGAUAUGAGUGUGAAUUGA